AUGAAUUUGCAAUCAGCUAAACAAGAGAUAUUAAUAUAUUGCAUAUCACAAAGCAAUCAACUUUCUUAUGAUAUCGAUGAAUUUUGCUCAGCUUGGGGAAAACAAUACCAUGCUACUGGACACUCCAUUUCUGCAGAGAAGAAAGUAGAAAAUGUUAAGGAGUCUACUGAUUUAUCUCCCAAAAGCUCUGAAAAGGCAGUAGAUUAUCAAGGUUCGUUGUUACAAAACAGUGAUAAUAUUAAAGCUGAAGGUUCUAUGCAAGUUUCCGAAGUUAAGGAAAGUUUUGUUGCUGACAAGAGUUGUUAUAAUGAUAUUGCGUUUACACCACUUAGCAAUCUUAAAGGGCAGUUUAGUGAUACAAUGUUUGAUUUCUUGGCGGAGCAAACCUGUGCAGGUGCAGAUGAACCUACUUGUCACAGCACUAUGAAACCUAGCAUUCCAGGAAGCGAUGAAGUUGAUGAUUCUGUUAGGGAGCAAGCGUCCGGUGCCUCGGGUGAGUUAAGGAGUGGAAUGAGUGACAGUGUGAUUGAUAAUAGUGAGGAGCUUAAAUGUUAUAAUCAGAACAAGAAUGAGCUAUUAAGUAAACAGAAACAUGAAUGUGAAAAGUUCCCUUGUUCAAGUGAUUCAUCUAAGAAUGAAAAUGCAGUAGGUGAUGAAGUGUUUAAUUGUGCUUCUGUGAUUUCUGAGAGAACAAAUACUAAUGCUAUGCCAGUAGAAUAA